AUGCCUUCCUCAUCCGACUACAUACACCCCCUAGACCAUUCCGAUGCGCGAGACGGCUUCUCCGAUUCGGACGACGACUUGGACCUAGAGGAGCUAGACCCAAGCACAACAUCACCUCAACAGUCUCGUGAAUCCCGAGACUAUACUGGCCGCAGCAGAAACUAUGGACCGGGCAUCGCGCUGCGUAACUUGCGUGUCGGGGCGGGAAGUCGGUGGAGACGUAGCGCGUCUGGACGCGCGGACUUAGAGGAUGAUACCGAAGCACUGUUAGAGAAUGGGGAAGAACAAGGCUUGAGAGGCUCACAUGCUAGCUCCCGCAACCUGGAAGAUGAUGAUGCACCGCUCUUAGACCGCAGAGCCUCAACUCGCGAUUUCAUCGACGAGCCUCCCAAGAAGCGCAGCCUUUUGCGCUUUCCUGGAUUCAAAACUCCCAGCUUCCUGCAGAGUGCCUCUAAUCGACUUGGAUCGAACGAUACCAACUCUGUGAAUCAGCCUCCCCGUGAAGUGCUGGUCGGGCAGUACCAAACUGCUAAAUACCCGGCCAAUGUGGUCUCAAAUGCAAAAUACACACCUUGGAGCUUCCUACCGAGAACCCUUUACAACGAAUUCUCCUUCUUUUUCAACAUUUAUUUUCUACUGGUGGCUUUAUCACAGGUCAUCCCGGUGCUGCGAAUUGGUUACAUGUCGUCCUACAUUGCGCCCUUAGCCUUUGUGGUUUCAGUAUCAUUAGGUAAAGAGGCGCUCGAUGAUAUCGGUCGUCGGCGACGAGAUGCCGAAGCCAACGCCGAGGAAUAUUGCACCGUGGCGCUAGGAAGGUCCAAUGCCAUGGAGGUUACAAAAAAAUCACGAGAUUUGAAGGUUGGCGAUGUGCUCAAAGUCCGCAAGAAUCAACGUCUUCCAGCCGAUGUGGUGAUUCUCAAGAGCAUUUCGAACGAUUCUGGUAGCCCUCGCCAUUCUAUGAUGGAGGAGAGUGUUCCUAGCGCUCCUUCCGAUUUGCUUGAAUCAGCUCAGGGGUCCUCCGAGCCCGCAACCAACACCGCAUCAAAGACCGCCGAGUCCGCUGAAGCUUCAUUUUCAGGUGAUACUUUCAUCCGAACUGAUCAGUUGGACGGUGAAACUGACUGGAAGCUCCGUCUGCCCUCUGUGUUGUCUCAAUCGCUUCCUUUGGAUGACUUUUGCCGCCUACAUGUCACAGCUAGUGCUCCUGAUAAGAGAGUCAAUGAGUUUGUAGGAACGAUUGGGCUAGGACCACCCACGGGACUCUAUGAUGCUCACGUUGACAAAUCAUCCGGGUCCCCAGACAAUGGAAGAACAUCUGGGCCUGAGGAAACUCAAUCAUCUCCCUUGACGAUCGACAAUACCGCUUGGGCCAACACGGUCCUUGCCUCUAACACAGUCACCUAUGCUGUGAUCAUCUACACAGGAUCUCAAACCCGGGCUUCGCUUUCGACCUCCGCUUCCCGGUCAAAGGUCGGCCUAUUAGAAUACGAGAUCAACAACCUCACCAAAAUUCUCUGCGUCCUCACACUUACUCUCUCGAUCAUUCUUGUCGGGUUGGAAGGAUUCGAACCAACAAACGAUAAGAAAUGGUACGUUGCCAUCAUGAUCUAUCUCAUUCUCUUUUCCACAAUCAUUCCCAUGAGUCUUCGAGUCAAUUUAGACAUGGCCAAGUCGGUAUAUGGCCGAUUCAUCGAACGGGACAAAGAUAUCCCAGGAACGGUCGUUCGCACCAGUACAAUCCCAGAAGAUCUAGGAAGGAUUGAAUAUCUGCUUUCAGAUAAGACCGGCACGUUGACUCAAAAUGAAAUGGAACUCAAAAAGAUCCACGUUGGCACAGUGUCAUACGCCAACGAGGCAAUGGACGAAGUCUCGUCGUUUAUUCGUCAAGCCUUCGCCCUUUCAGGCAAGACCUUGAUAACACCCUCAACUGUCUUUGGAACCCAAGCCGGUCAUGCCACAGCGCCCCGGGCAAGAAGAGAGAUUGGCUCUCGGGUUCGGGAUAUCAUCUUGGCGCUUGCCCUCUGCCACAACGUCACCCCAACCACGGAGGAGGAAGAUGGCCAGAAGAUCACCAGUUAUCAAGCAUCAUCACCCGACGAAAUUGCCAUCAUUCGGUAUACCGAAGAGGUGGGAUUAAAGCUAGCAUAUCGUGAUAGACAGAGUAUCGUCCUGGAAUCUACGGACUCCCAGCAGGUCGUGGUCCGUGCUCGGAUCCUUGACAUAUUCCCCUUCACAUCUGACACCAAGCGGAUGGGAAUUAUUGUCCAAUUUCAGCAUAAUGAGAAUGUGCUCGAGUCCGACAAAGAAGAUAGUGAAAUUUGGUUCUAUCAGAAGGGUGCAGACACCGUCAUGACAUCUAUUGUUGCAGCCAAUGACUGGCUAGAUGAGGAGACCACAAAUAUGGCUCGAGAAGGGUUGCGAACGCUUGUUGUUGGACGCAAACGGAUCUCCGCGCAGCAAUACGAGGUCUUCUCUGCCAAGUAUAAGCAGGCAUCACUGUCUUUCCAAGGGCGAGAUGCUGGCAUGGCGAAGGUUGUGAGCGAAUAUCUCGAACAAGAUUUAGAGCUUUCCGGUGUGACCGGCGUGGAGGAUCGGCUGCAACGCGACGUCAAGUCGUCUCUAGAGCUGCUACGCAAUGCUGGUGUCAAGAUCUGGAUGCUAACGGGUGAUAAGGUGGAGACAGCACGUUGCGUCGCUAUUUCUGCCAAAUUAGUCUCCCGGGGCCAGUAUAUCCAUACCGUUACCAAAAUGACGGACAAGUCAACUGCACAAGAAGCCCUUGACUUUUUGCGCAACAAGACUGACUGUUGUCUGUUGAUUGAUGGCGAGUCCCUGAACCUGAUGCUCGGCCAGUUCAAAACAGCAUUCAUCUCUGUUGCAGUACUACUACCUGCUGUGAUCGCAUGCCGAUGCUCCCCAACCCAAAAAGCCGAGAUUGCCGACCUUAUUCGCCAACACACAAAGAAACGUGUCUGUUGUAUUGGGGACGGCGGCAACGAUGUCUCGAUGAUUCAAUCAGCCGAUGUCGGAAUCGGUAUCGUGGGCAAAGAAGGUCGUCAGGCAUCCCUCGCGGCCGACUUCAGCAUCACCCAGUUCCAUCACAUCACUAAGCUUUUAGUCUGGCAUGGUCGCAACUCGUACAAGCGAUCCGCCAAACUUGCACAAUUCAUUAUGCAUCGUGGCUUGAUCAUCAGUGUCUGCCAGACCAUGUACAGCAUCGCCAGUCAUUUCGAUCCCAAGGGCUUGUUCAUCAACUGGCUCAUGGUCGGAUAUGCAACUGUCUACACCAAUGCACCAGUUUUCUCACUCGCCUUUGAUCGAGACGUGGACGAGCGCCUUGCUAAUCUCUAUCCAGAGCUCUACAAGGAGCUCAAGACGGGAAAGAGUCUUAGUUACCGCUCGUUCUUCGGUUGGAUUUUAAUCUCUGUGUACCAGGGUGCAGUGAUACAGGGUCUUUCCCAGAUCUUAUUGGACACUAUCACAGGGCCGCGUCUCAUCAGUCUUUCCUUCACAGCCCUCGUCCUCAACGAGCUUGGCAUGGUCGCAACUGCAAUCACAACCUGGCAUCCAGUCAUGAUAUUUUGUCUGAUCGGCACUCUGCUUGUGUAUGCUGGUAGUGUUCCUUUCCUAGGCGAAUAUUUCGACCUUGGUUACGUGAUCACUCUCGACUGGCUGUGGCGCGUUGUCGUUGUGCUGGCUGUGUCCCUUGUCCCCGUCUGGGCUGGCAAAAUGAUCAAACAAUCGUGGCGCCCACCGAGUUACCGGAAAGUCCGUGGAUAG